CUUCAGCUGGUUAGGUUUGUACAGGCAGUACAUGAGAUGAAUUUACUUCUCCAAAAAACUGUAAAGACACGUCAAUCAGCAUGUAUCAUGAAUGAAUACAGAACACAAUAAUUAUAUAACGCUGAAAUCGGCGCGCACUUGCUUCAUCAUACUUCCAUAUGAUCUCGUCCACUCUUCGAAAACGCCCUAAGAAAGAAGACCAUUUCCAGAGCUAUCGAUGCAGUCGUAGCUAUUAUUGAAACAUUGUAGCCGCAGUGACUUGUAAUAUUCCUGUCCUCUUACGCCUCCAUUCCGUGAUGGUGGCUUAAGACGGUGCCAGCAAGGCAUGGCCAGCUAAUACAGCACCUAGGUGACGUUCUACCAAAAGGCGCUGCCAGGCAGUGCCCAUGCCUGUGUUCCUCUGGAGCUGCCCGCUCAGUGAAGGAGAUUAAGGCACACAACUGGUAACACUGCUGCUGGCUGAUCAGAAGUUGGUGCAGGUGGAGCAUGCGCGUGUCGCUUGAGCGAUGCGUGCAUUAGGCUGUAGGAUGAGCGCUGGGGCAGUUCUGAAUGGCCUGCUGGUGUCGGUGGUGGCGGCGCUGCUGUGGAAGUACGUGCGGCUCAGCGAGCAUACAGCCCUGCUGGAAGAGGAGCUGCGGCUCACACGGCAGUCACAGGAGCUCUCGCAGGUGCGCAUCGAUUACCACGCUGCCCUGCUGGCGCUCCAGGAGCAGGGCACCAGAAUGGUCUGCACUGGCAAGAUGCACACGGACCGCGUCUGCCGCUUCGAUUACCUUUGCUACUGCACCGAGGCAGAGGAGUUUGUCUUCUUCCACAGCAAUGCGUCAGUCAUGCUUCCCAAUCUGGGCCCCCGGCGCUUCCAGCCAGCCCUGUUGGACUUAUCCUCUGUCGAGGACCAUAACACACAGUAUUUUAAUUUCUUGGAGUUGCCUGCAGCUGCUCUAAGAUACAUGCCGAAGCCUGUGUUUGUGCCAGAUGUCACCCUCAUCCUCAAUCGCUUCAAUGCUGAUAACCUGAUGCAUAUCUUUCAUGAUGACCUUCUUCCCAUAUUCUACACCAUGCAGCAGUACAUGGACUUGGAUGAUGAAGCCCGGCUUGUCUUCAUGGAAGGUUGGGGAGAGGGGGCCCAUUUUGAUCUCUACCGGCUGCUUAGCAGCAAACAACCCCUGCUUAAAGACCACUUACGGAACUUUGGCAAGCUCAUGUGUUUCACAAAAUCUUAUGUGGGAUUGUCAAAGAUGACCACUUGGUAUCAGUAUGGCUUUGUACAGCCCCAAGGGCCUAAAGCCAACAUUUUGGUGUCAGGCAACGAGAUCCGUCAGUUUGCCUUGUUCAUGAUGGAAAGGUUGAAUAUCACAAAAGAUCAGAGGUCUGAGGAUGACAAUUAUAUAGUAGUUUUUAGUCGUGCUUCUACCAGGCUCAUACUCAAUGAGGCAGAGUUGAUUCUUGCUUUGGCUCAAGAGUUCAAGAUGAGGACAGUCACGGUGUCCUUGGAGGAUCAGCCGUUUGACAGCAUAGUUCGGGUCAUCAGUGGGGCAUCCAUGCUGGUUAGCAUGCAUGGAGCCCAGCUGAUCACCUCCAUGUUCUUGCCACGGGGGGCUGCUGUGAUAGAGCUCUUCCCGUUUGCGGUAAACCCGGAGCAGUAUACUCCAUACAAAACCCUCGCUUCUCUGCCAGGAAUGGACCUCCAGUAUGUAGCAUGGAGAAAUACUAUUGAGGAGAAUUCUGUGGCCUACCCUGACCGCCCUUGGGACCAGGGAGGCAUUUCCCACUUAGACAAAGAGGAGCAGGAACGCAUCCUAGCUAGCAAAGAGGUGUCAAGACACCUGUGUUGCCGCAACCCAGAGUGGCUUUUCCGGAUAUAUCAAGACACUGUUGUAGACAUCCCAUCCUUUCUUGAGGUUCUAAGAGAAAGUCUAAAAAUUAAGCCUAAUCUGAAAAAGACCAGGCCUGUCAGCACAGUACAUCCAGGUCGAGUUAGAGAACCCAAGUGCCAGACAUCAGUGCAGGCUACCAAUGAAGCAAAGCUCACUGUGUCAUGGCAAAUCCCUUGGAACCUCAAAUACCUGAAGGUGAGGGAAGUGAAAUAUGAAGUGUGGAUUCAAGAGCAGGGAGAGAACACAUAUAUGCCUUAUAUUCUCCCCCAUCAAAACUACACCUUCUCAGAGAACAUAAAGCCUUUUACCACAUAUCUUGUAUGGGUACGCUGCAUCUUCAACAAGAAUCUUUUGGGACCAUUUGCAGAUGUUCUUAUAUGUAAAACCUAACUCACUUAAGCACACCACCAGGGAAAUGCUGAUUAUCAAGUGUUGUGUCGUUGGAUGUUUCUGUGGAGAUAUCUGAUGUCCUGCAAUUUGAUACCUGCUGUGGAACAUUAGUACAGUGAAUGAGAUUAAAGAACAUUGUGCAGGGGAAUAUAAACUACUGAACUGCCAAACCAGAGCCUCUCGAAAGACUACUUCUACUUUGUCAUGGAAAUGCUUCUAGAGAAAAGUUUUCAAUUCAGAUUUUAUUUAUAAGAAAUAAGUAAUGUGUAAGGUAAUUUAUUUUUAUUUAUUAUUAAAAGAUGUCUACUACACGGUGUGUGUAUGUGUGGGUGUGUGUUGAGUGUGUGUGUGCCUAUUUGUUAACUUUUAUAAUCCUGUGUUUUGUGAAUUUGUGACUGUGGACAAAUGUUUUGCAUAGUAAUCGCAAUGCCUUUUCUGAUGGAAAGCGUAAUAUUAAGUUUAUAAGUAAGCCACAUUAAUACAAAAACCCCAACUGGAGUUAAAAUAUGUCUUUACCCCCACUUUUGUGUCUGUGUCCUUUUAUGUGUUUGUGUUAGCUUGUAGGUAGCUCCUUGUUUGGUGAUGUUACCUUUUUUUAUUUUAUACUUGAAGCUUGAUACAUGUUUGCCAAUGGGAGAGCAUUGACUUCCUGUACUUUAAAUAAAACAUGAACUAGGAAAAAUGGAACUGACAUUUCCCUGUGACCUGACAGAGUCCAGUGGUAGUAAUGCAUAAAUAGCUAAAAGGUGACAAUGCUAUAGUUUGGCUUGUUGGAAGCUUGCAUGUAAACUGAAAUAAAUGCAGGCAUCUUAUGCCUCUCAAUACAAAAUAUUGUUUAAUGCAUUAUCACCAUCUACGUUUUUCCAUAGUUCAGGACCUGUGUUUAAGGGCUUCGUAGUGUACAUUUUGUCCUCUCACUGCUAAUAUCAAUGUGAGUUAUGUUAGGUUUUUUUUGCUAUUCAAAGAUCCCAACACUGAUAGAACUGGUUAUGCAGUUUUUCUGUUGUGGUGACUGAUGGUUAAUAGAUCAGGAAAGUCCACCAUAGAGAAACAUGUUUCUCAUAUGUUUCUCUGAUAAUCUUUGACAAACCUCCUUCAUACCUUUGCAGUCUUUUAUCUUACAAAGACAGGUUUUCUUUAAAUUAUGCUUCAUUAAGACUGGUAUCAGCCCUAAUCUCUGUUAGCAUAGCCAGGGUUUUGAUUGACAUAAUUAUAUGCUAAUUAUUUUUAUGUAUAAACUGUCUAAUAUGAAAGACCUGUAUAAGGUCCAAUGUCUGAAAUAACAUAAAGAAGUAAUAUAAUUUAACAGUGCCAUCUAGCCAUGUUUGAUUCUGAAAGGGUAAAUGGAGCAUGAUAAUAUAGCCAGGUCAUUCAAUUGCAUAACAUUCAAUCAGAAUUCUCAUUUUCUCACUGAAGUUUUAAUAUUAAAUAAUGUUUUCAGCAGUGGAAAGAGAUCCAUUAUCGUAUGUAAAACUCAAACUGUCAGAGUAAGAAAAGUAACUGAGUAUCAGUACUGUAAACAUGCCACUUUAUGAGAUUUACCAUUAUGUGCCAUGAAUAUUGUCGUGUAUUUUACUUUCUGCCAUCAAUUUGAGUUAAAAUACAACUUUAAUAUGGUGUAUUUUUCCCUCUGUCUUUUCAGUACCUAUUAUGUGCUGUAAUUUUCUUGUUUCCUUUGUAAUGUAAUAUACAGAAUUUCAUUGUUUUUGCUUUAGUUUAAGUUUAGGUAUAAAAGAUGCCUUCCUUUCACUGAGUCAUUUCUUUAAUAGGCUGGAGCCUCUGAACAGAUUCCUGACUUGUUUAUUAUAUAUACAAGGUGACCAUAUCACUUAGGAACUGGCUUCACAGAGGCUUAGUAGCAUGACCACUGAAAGAUGUUAGGGGGAGAUCUCUACAAUGUAUUUGGGAAUCUGGGUGUGAUUUUUAGUCAUGAUUACAACAAUAAAAUGUUUUGUACACUGUCUUUGCUCAUCUUUCAUAUUAAGUUCUGUUUUUAAUUAAGAGAAGUAUCCU